AUGUCUGAGAUCCCACAAGAUGUCACUUUGUUCCUCCGUGGCUAUCCUGGGCAAAGGGAUGACCCAAACCAAUAUGACAAUUUGAAGUUCUAUCGAGGAGUUGGGAAAUGCGUUCCCGAUGGAUUGAAGUAUGAGGAAUGGAUGGAACGGUAUGAGAAUGAUUAUAAGGAGUUGGAGAUGAAUCAUUCUUACAUCCAAUGGUUUUUCCCUAUCCCGGAACAAGGUGUGAAUCCACAUGCUAAGCCAUUACUUCCACACGAGCAGAAGGCCAUGAGUGAAGAUGUAGAGGUGUUGAGACGAAUAUUGAGGUCAUACAAGAUGAUGCUGGGUUUUUACGGGAUCAAGAUGAAUAAUGAUGGUGGGCUAGGAAUGGCAGACAAUGCUGAUGAACGACUGGCCAAUCUCGCUGCUAGAUCACAUAACCUCCUUCGUAUCACACGCAUAAUCAAAUGCAUAUCCCUAUUCCCUACCCUCCAACCAUACGCGGCACCAUUGGUCCUUUUCUUCGUGGUUCUUCAUUCCCAGGAGAAGUUACCUAUGAUAGGUAUGCGCGGGGACAGUCUCGAGAGAUGGUGGGGAAAUUGUUUCAGAGACGAGAGGGAAAGAGAAGAGGUUCAAAAGAUAAUCCUGGCUAGGGGGAGGCCAGGUGGAGGGAGAUGGGGUUUUGAUAAUUAUAGCCAAUGGUUGGACGCUAGAGGACGACGUGGGAUGAUUUGA